AUGUUUUUUCGCGGCACGAUUUUGAUGCAGUGGAUGCCCCGACGAUCGACGGACGGCGACAAGCAAGAAGGGGCAGCCGUACCGCGAAACGAACGAAUCGAUGGCAACACGCAGCUCGAAAUGGCGCUCCUGGCGGCCACCGACGUGGUAGUGGAGCUGACGACGAGGAAUUCAUGCCCAGACCGACUUGGCAAGACAAUUAGGAGAAGUACAAUCGAAGCUUACAAGAUACGAUUUUCGACGAUGUCACUGUUCCGACCUCCGACAGAAGGCGGUAAGAAGGGAGGGACGGCCGUACCGCGAAAACUCGGCAUCGGACGAAUCGAUUGCAACACGCAGCUCGAAAUGGCGCUCCUGGCGGCCACCGGCGUUGCAGUGGAGCUGACGACGAGGAAUUCAUGCCCAGAUCAACCUUGCAAGACGAUUAGAAGAAAUGGAAUGGAAGCUUACAAGAAUCUAGAG